CUCUCUCUCUUUCUCUCUGUCAGCGUCAUCUCUCUUCACACUGUCAGAGGAGUCGCAGCUGGGCAUGGUAGUGAUGUUGGGCUUGGUGGUGGAACACGCGGAGGAAAGAAACGGAACCGAUCUCCUAACCCGACCCUGAGCCCACCUCUCGAGGCGCCCGCGUGGCCCUGCAGCUCGAAACAGCCCUGGAGGAGGCAGUGACGUCUGGACCGAGCUGACUCACUCCAAGUGUAAUGUAAUUGGUUAAUGGAACACCACAGUGCAGAUGUGACAGUGCGAGAGUUCAAGUGACACUUCUGUUAGCUGACAAGGGAUGAAGCAUUUCUUCAGUGCUGUUGAUGGACUUGGAGCUUUGACUGAAGAAACCAGACUCGAUACCGUACCUUCCGACGAGGCCAAUAUUACAAGACACAAAGCCCCGCCCCUAAACACUCGUCCGAAGCAGGAACGUAAACACAGAUCGUACACAGUGUGCGAAGUGUGUAACAUUCAGCUGAACUCAGCUGCACAGGCACAGAUACACUACAACGGCAAAACCCACCAGAAGAGACUGAAACACAUGAACAGUGGAAACACAGGUCCGGCGGCUCAGGGCAGCCCCCUGCUGGCUGCGUUACCUGUACAGACUCGCCCAUUGCAGACGCCUCUGGAGCUCAAGAACUUUCUGCCCUUCAGACUCAACGGCUCCAAUCCACUCAGCCUCUUUCCCAACUUCAAUACGAUGGACCCUGUCCAGAAGGCUGUUAUUAACCACACCUUUGGAGUUCCUCAGAAGAAGAAGCAGGUUAUCUCCUGCAACAUCUGCCACCUUCGGUUCAACUCCACGAAUCAGGCCGAAGCACAUUAUAAAGGUCAUAAGCACGCUCGUAAACUGAAGGCUUUGGAGGCCCAGAAGAACAAGCAGCACAGACGGCAGCUCGACGCCACACACAGCAGCCGAGACAGAGAGAAAGACAGAGACAGAGACAGAGGGAGGAUGAUUGCACCUGAUCCUCUCCCUGCUCUCCCGGAUUCCUGCGCAGUGGAAGCAUCCACUCUUCAGUGUGACUCCGACUCUGUGGUGAAGCUGAACGAGGCUCAGGUCAGCUCAGUGGUCCUCACUCCGGUAUCUGAGGUGUCAUGCGCAGAUGUGGCCGUCUCCUCUCCUCCCUCGCAGCACUCAGACAGCCUGCAGGAUGCUGCUGGUCCCAGCGAGACAGGCACCGAGCAGGACAGCCUAGCUAAAGAGACCCCGAGGGAGAAAGACCCCAGGAGGAGCAAGCAUCACCUGCACUGUCCUGUCUGCAAAGUGACAGUCAACUCAAUCACUCAACUGGAGGCCCACAACAGCGGCAUCAAGCACAAACUGAUGCUGGAGGGACAGAGCGUGUUGCCACGGCGACGAGGGAAGGCACUGUCCUCCCGUGCCGCGUGUAAAAGCAAGCGACUGGCCAACAAGGGCAGCCUGGGUGUGAGCAGCAAGAGCUUCCAUUGUGAAGUGUGUGAGAUCCACGUCAACUCAGAGACCCAGCUCAACCAGCACAUGAACAGUCGCAGACAUAAAGACAGAUUGGCCGGAAAGCCGCCCAAACCCAAAUUCAGCCCUCACAGCAAGACUCAACCAACCUCAGCAGUGUCGCAGAGUGUCAGGUGGAAUGGCUAUGCAGGAGGAGCCGUGUCAGCCAUGAAAAAAGUCUUUAACCAGUACAGUCUCACCUCUCUGUCUUCACAGACCAAACUGGCUCUCCAGAAGCAGCUGACUAAAAAUUUGACCACCAGUUUCCUGCCCGCUCCUAUAACUCCGCCCACGCUUUGCACAGUGGCAACCAAUCCCCUCACUCUCCGACACCCUACCGGUGCCGCCUUCAUUCCUGCUCCAAUCUUAGGCCCCACCCUCUUUCGGCCUGCGCCAGGACCACUGCGGGCCACACACACACCUAUCCUAUUCUCACCUUAUUAAAGUAUGCAUUAACGUACACACAUACACAUACAUGCGGUUAUGGUACAGGUAUGAUUUGGUGUUACAGUUGACUUUCACGCACAGAACAAACAACAUGGUCUUAAAAAAUCUCAAAACUGAUACACACACUCCAAUUUUUCUGCACUCUCCUCUAGGACUGUGGCCCUCACAAGAGGAUCACUCUUGAACUAUGCAGCACAGAAAGGUAGAAAGCAAAGACAGAGAUAGAUGAUUUGAGAGAAAACACGGAAGCAAGAGGAGACAUACGCGCACACGCCCCCAGGCUGGGGGAGGGCCCUAGAGACCUCAUUGACCCACCCACCUCUCUCUAUUCCUUCAAAUAGAGGUUGACUGAUAGGUCACGCCUCCAGGGAAAUGCGUGGAGCCUCGUAUAGUUGGCUGGGACCUCAUAUAGUUUUAUAAGACAUUAACCAUAGGAUUUUACUGUGUAAUUUAUUAGAAGUACUACAGCAUUAGAGGAAUAGAGCACAUUUCCUAGUGAGACAAAUGCAAACAUCCCUUUACUCGAGGCUUCUUUUUUUUAAAUCUGUGUUUAUGCUUUUUAAUUUGACGUUUCAUUCAUUUUUUUUCCCAACACGAACAAACAUGUUAUUGCUCCCCUGGAAACCAUAAGAGCUUUCGCUUUGCAUCGUGGGUAAUCAUCGUGGAAUCAUCAGUGAGUACAAGUGCAGUGCACUGAGAUGACAAUUUGCAGGCAAAUCAGCACUCGAUUGCUAACACACAUAGACACGCACACACAGUCGCACACAAUCAGUGUUCCAAUUUUUUCUGCAUAGAUUAGAUGAUUUUGAGUCAGACUGAUACACACAUGCGCACACAUAGACACGCACACACACACACACACACACACACACGGAUGAUUAUAACAGUCUCACAUUUCGGCCCUGCAUGUUGGUACAUUUUGCUCUCAGUGUUAUCUCAUUAAGACCUCACAAAGGUCAACCUGUCAGUCAAAAUCCAUCUCACAUCACCUGAUUACAGUUUCAAUUUUGCCACGUUAUUUGAGUGCGUGAGUGUGUAUGAGUGUGUGUAUGAGUAUGUGUGCAUGUGUGACACAUACCAACCUCAUUCCCUCAUAGACACUGCAGCGCGUCUCUCUCAUACAGCAGCGCUCUCUGCUGUACAAGGAGGAGCACUGUAUUUUUUCCUGCCAAUUGGGGCUUUCUAAAGGAAUACUCCAGCAUUUUUAACUUUAAUCUUUAUCUACCACAUCUAGAGCUUAUAUGUGUUUAUCACCAACAAGAAUUUUGAUGUGAGAAAAGAACAGAAAGCCUGUUUACACAUACCUCAUUUAUAAUGAAAGUCUAAAGGUUGUUGUAUCUCUGUACGGAUAUGCAAAGUUCUUCUGUCUGAUCACCUUUAUCCUAUAAUGAAAUGCUUCUAUUCCCAAUGGGCGUGGUCUCUAUCAGGAUGACUCCACCCACAUCCACAAGGCAUAAGGACUCACUGAUUAGAUUGAUGAGGAUGAAAAACAUGUGCUAUGGCCUUCACAGUCAGCAGAUCUUACUCUAACUGAACACCUAUGGGAGAUUUUGGACUGAUAUAUUAGACAGUUUUCUUGCUAUAAUUAUUAAAAUACCAAUUGAGGGAAUAUCUUUUGGAAGAAUGGUGUUCAUCACUCCGGUACAGUUCGCUACAUACAGAUGUAGAGUUAUAUGAAUAUAAAGAGAGAGAGAGAGAGAGAGAGAGUCAGCGGUGUAGUACACAAAGUUUACAGAAAAAUAGGUUGUUUCAGACAAAAGUCCCUCAUCAGCUCUGUAGAAUUUUUAUAAUACAGUACUGUGCAAAAGUCUUAGGCACCCUCUGUUCUUAAAUACAUUUUAUACCUACUUUCUUACUGUAAAUUGUAUGCCUACUGCAUUAGUGUUUCAGUAGAAAAGAAAAAAAAUAUACAUUUCCAAAUAUUAACAAAUAUUAACAUUUUUCUUUAUAAUAUUACAAAAAAUGUAAGUAAUAGAUCAUUGUAAGUAAUGGACUGCAUAAAAAGAUCAAGGUAUAAAUCAAUCUGAUUAAAAAAAAAAAAAAAAAAACAAGUUCUCCAUGAAACCUGUGAAACCUGGAGCAAACUACCAGCCAACCUCCUUAGAAAACUGCAUUACAGCGUACAGAAAAGAAUUUAUUCCGUUUUAAGGCCAAUUACGAUUCGGUUUUAUGUUUCACUGCUUGUUUUAUUGUUUGGUGCUCAACAUAGUAAUUAUUUUGAUACUUUUAUCUUCACCUUACACAAUGUCUUUAGAAGUGUCUAAUACCUUUGUACAGUGCUGUAUAUGAAUUAAUGUGUGACAUUUUUGUUGAAUACUUUCAUGAAUUUUUCAGUCAAAGCUAUUUGUAAAUUAUGCAUGAUACUGACUUGUGGAAGCGUUGAAUGUGUUGAAAGUGCAUUUGAAUUCCAUCAAGAAAUGUUAAAAAAUACUAUAUAACACUAAUUCAAACAAUAACUGUUACACUCCAGCACAGAAAAGGUCUUCAGAUGAGACAAGUAUGAGAAACUGUUUUCUGUUCUUUUGCAUUUUUAUUCAUCUUUCAACACAGAGGCAAUGCAGCAAACAGUGAUUCUUGUUGGUUAUACUUUCCCGAAGGUUGAGUGAUAAUCCAUAUGUGAGUUUUAGAGCUUAAUUUACAAAUACCUUUGACGAAUUUAGGAAAAGUUUCUACAAAAAAAAGGUGCUCAAAGCUUUUUAAUCAAAAAGGGAACAAGAUGGAAUUUUAAAAACCGUCCCUUUAGACUUACAUUAUAAGUGACUUUGGAGUAAACAGGUUUUCUGUCCUUUUCUCCGUACAUGAAAACACGUUGAAAUCCAUAUCGGUGGUGAUCACACAUAUUUACAUGAGCAGUAGAUUAAGAUUUAAGUUGAAAAAUGCUGGCAUUUAACUCUUGAUCUGCAGUGAUGUGUUGCUGCUCAAUCUGUUACACUCAGUACAUUCAUUUAUCUGUUCAUUUUUUUUUCCAUGUUCUGAAAUAUUAAGAUAUUUUACAAAGUCUUUAAGAAGAUUACUUUAAAAAGUUGUCUAUAUUAGGUUGUAUGUAGAUUUCUAAAUAUGUAGAGAGUAUGUAGAAAAUUUAUCAGAGUCAUUAUUGUCAUUAUUGCUAUGAUAAGAACAAUUUCUAUCUGAAGGGUCUUCUAUUGUUUGCCAAGUCAUAACAAAGAUUACAAAGAUUAUGAAAUAAGAACAUAUGCCAAGAAUGAGUUAGUAUAUUUACCUACUUUUUAUGAUUUAAUAUAUUGAAAAAAAUAUCAGUGUGGGAGGAAAUCAAGGUGUGUGUGUGUUUAUGUGUGUGUGUGUGUAUGAAUGUGUGUGUGAGAGAGAUUAUGCAAAGAGAAAAAAAAAAAACAGCAUGACUAAAUGAUAUGUCUUAUUGCAUUUGGGACAUUUCAGCUUCAAAGCCUACAGUGACAGGCGAGUCUCAGGGCUCCUGUUUGAGCUCCAUCAGAGGAGAAGUUAAACAGAGUAAAACAUCAGCCAUACUGUAAUCCAACCUGGAGCAUAGCAAGCAUAGGGUGUGGAUCAGGAUGUGGGUCAAAGACGAUAAAGGGUUUACAACGUCAUACCGUUUAUCAGCAGUGCUGAAGAUUAAAAUAAAACGUACUCUAAAUAAAUGAAAUUUGGACAUUUGGUUUAAAAAAAAAAAUAAAAGCACAAUUGAAGUAGAAGCUAUAACAGCCAAAUAUUGACAUUAACAAAAUUUUAAAUAAAAUGGUGUAUAAAUUGUCUAGUCUAUUAUUUGUACACUACAUGAGAAGUAUAGCUAAAGCCUUAUAUGUCUUUUUUUCAUUAUCUAUUUUCCCGUAUCGUAUUUUAAUGUGCUGAAUUUCUGCUAAAUAUAUUUUUGACUUUUUUUUUUUUAGUAAAGUAAUCCAGUUACACAGGAAGAAUCCCAAUGUGUAGUACAAAGAAAUGAAAUUCAGUUUGUUUGUGUGUUGAAAACCCUUUUUGUCUUUGAUCCAUGUACAAACCACGACUUUUCCUGAAAUUUCAGAAAUCUCUCUCUCUGUCUCUCUGUAUGUGUGUGUAUAUGCACAUGUGUAUGUGUGUGCUUGUAUGUGGAUGAUAUCAGUUAUCAUCACACACACAUGAAGGGCCCUGGAUAUCUGUUCUGCUUGUUCUCUCCUUCAGUAUGUAAAAUCUGUUGAGCAAUAACACUGUUUGGAGCUGCAAUAGCCAUAAUCAGAGUGUGAAACACAUUUCCUUUUAUAUAAAAUGGAAAUUUAGCCAUGAUUUUUUACCUUUCUCUGUGACACUGGCCAUCUCGCUGUCUGUCUUUGUGUCCUCCUUCCUCUUGGUUACUGUUGAAUUAAUGCCAGUGAAAAUGCCAGUUUUUUUUUUUCCCCUGCACUCUGGACGAGAUUGAAUCUGUGUAAUGGUACGUCUUGUAGGACAGAAGGCAGCCAUGGAAACAUCAGUUGCCAGCGGUGACAAGACAGACGAAGGCAUUUUGCGGCACAUUUGCUGCAGUGCUUUUAAAAGUGACUUCAACAGUCCUGUUUUGCUUUGGUGGACGUGCAAUAAGAGGGGUCUCAUUUCGAUUGCAUACUUUCUUAUACGGUAAAGGAAUACUCCAGUGUUUUUCAAACUCUUCUCUAUCUACUCUAUUUGUAAUGUACAUGUGAUUAAAGCACACAAGACAUUCAAUAUUUCGAAAACCUGUUUAUUCAGACUGAGGUGCAAUGAACGUUUAAGGGCAGUCAGUUAAUGUUUAAAAUAUUACUAUAUAAUGUACAGUUACAAUGGCAAUAAAGGUCUUAGGAUAAGACAAACGUGAAAGAAAGUCUUACCAAAGCUGGUAGUUUUGUCAAGCAAUACAGUAAUACAGUGGUGUCUACUAGGCGUGCAACACAUCACUAUCUGUAUCUGUUUAUCUGUGACUGUAUUCGGAUUUAAACCCGAGGUAGGCAUUAUUUAUUUACUUACUUAUUUAAUUAUGAAACCUAUGACUAUGCCCCCAGAAACGCUACAAAACAAUGAAAAAAAAAGAACCUGACUGUAGAAAUGGUAGCACUUUGAAAUCUGGCUGUGACAGUUCCUCAACCUCAGCUACAUCACUCAAGUUCAUAACUGGCCUCAACUAGAGAUGUGCACAAAAAUGUUUUUCUUCAACCUGCUUAUUUUUGUUUAUACGUCCUCUCGCUAUUUUCUAACAAAUUUAGUCUGCUCUAUUUCCCCGAACAUAAAUAAAUUAGUAGCUUACUUUAAACCACUGUAACCCUGACCAGGCAGUUACUAAGGAUGGAUGAAUGAAUGCUAAUGAACAUGGUGUUUGUUUGUCCCACGAGCUCCAUAUUUGACUGCCUGUUAAAAAAAAAAAAAGUCACUUUUGGGUAAUGUUUUUUGUUGGGUUCCAUGGGAUCCCAGCCUCAAUACAAAAACCUCUAAUCCCAGCCAGAUACCCUGUGAAUAUUUCUGACAAGCUUUCUAAAAAAAAAUUAUAAUAAAAAUAAUAAUAAAAAAAAAAUAGUAUAGUACACCUCCUAUUCAUGUAUGUAUUUGUUUAGAACACAUUAUCUGUUUAUUCAAUGUGUUCUUAUUCAGGUAUUCAGCUAUACAUCCCUAGUGUCUGUGUGCAGAUAGACACACACAACCACACACAGCCACAAGUUAUUCCCUCAAAAAAUCUCUGAAAUGACCAGUUCUACAAAUGUAGAGCUUCAUUUAUAAACAACUUGAAAGACUUUACAAUUGACGUUAGACUUCUAUACAAAUAAGUUUGGACUAAACAGGUUUCUUUUCUUUCCUCAGAACAUUUUUGUCAUUGUGUCGUACAUAGCCUACGGUACACAGGUUGAAAAACACUGCAGUAGUCCUUUAGGCAGCUUCUAGGAUGCUCUGAGUGAUUUCUCUUCCCAAACACACGCUCUGUCUUGCCACAAUGACACAUAUUCAUUAAUAAGCUCCUGUACAGAUGUAUUUUUAAUACUACAUUUCUCAUAACUGUUCAAACAUUCAAGUGUGCAGCUACAUUCACAAACCACAAAUCAUGAGCACAUGGUCCAGAAGCACAAACUAACACGUCGUGUCCCACGUACAUUCCUCUGUGUAAGCGUUUCAUCAGGACCGAGCGGUGAGUGUAUGUUGUGUGUCUCUGUCUGUCUCUCUGUCUGUAUGCCAACAGUGCUGUUCAUAAAUCAGAUUUUUUCUAAAACAUGAGAAGAUGAGCUGAUUGUCUUCUUAAAAGGGACAUGGCCAGUAUCUGUGGAUGGAAAUACAGUUGUUCAUUGUGUUUUUGACCCAGUAACGAAAAAAAAAAAAAAAGCUGAACAUUUUGAACAGGUUCUUAUUCUUGUCCUUUGAUUUGAUUUGCUGUUUUUCUGUACAGAGCAUGAGUGAGAGUGAGUGAAAAUGAGAGAGUGAAAGAGAGAGAGAAAAUAAAUCAAUUGGAUCUUCCUUACA